AUGGCUACCAACGACUCGACCUCAGAAGGGGAGUACUGCAUACCCGAGAUCGAGAUCACGUCGUCGAGAUGCAUCACGGAGAGCUUCACCGCGACGCUCGACUUCGAGGUGACCGACGACGCGCAGCUCAAGGGCAUGCGUGUCGGCGAGUUCGUUGCGUCGCGGGUCUUCAUCGUCCGUGACUACAAGUGGAGCAUUAGCCAAGCCAAGCCUGUGAUCGCCAAGUACGCGCUGAGCCUUCUGGGGAAACACGGCCAGGCACCGGUGGCCAGCUUCGAUACGGCGGAGUAUCGGCCUAGGGACGGUUGGUGGGGGUACCACCGGUUCGUGGAGAAGUCCAGACUGAGCUCGCUAUCGCGCCUCAACAACGGCCGCUUUACCAUACGCUGCGUGCUCACCAUCCGUGACGAGUCUCCGCCGCUGGAACUGCCCGGCCACCUCGAGAACAUGCUCGGGGACGCCAUGGCCAUGGGCGCCGACAUCGUGUUCCGCGUCCGCGGCCAGGAGCUCCGCGCGCACAGGUCGGUCCUGGCCGCACGGUCGCCCGUGUUUCGGGCGCAGUUCUUCGGCUCGGCGAUGGAGAAGGACGACAUGCCGCGCCCGGAGGUCGGCGACAUGGAGCCGGCCAUCUUCCAGAUGCUCCUUCACUACAUCUACACGGACUCGCUGCCUCGGUGCCACGACGGCGAAGGGGGGCACAGCGUUGCGGUGAUGCAGCACUUGCUGGUCGCCGCGGAUAGGUACGUGGUCUACAGGUUGAGGCGCAUGUGCGAGCAAGACUUGUGCGGCAAGAUCGAUAUGGAUACUGUUAGAAUCAUGUUAGCGUUGGCUCAUCAGCACAAUUGCGACCGGCUCAAGAGUGCAUGCCUGGCGUUUAUGUCGUCGUCGCCCCAAGUUCUGGGCGCCAUUAUGGAAACCAGCGGAUUCAAGGAGCACUUCAUGGCGAAUUGCCGACCGCUACCUUUGGAGGGAGGAGAUUCAGGGACAAAAGGUAGCUGUCGAGAGGAAGAAAUUGAUAAAAGCUAA